AUGCUCCUGAACCCGUUCCGACCAUGUGAGGGCUCACCAACCUUCCAAAAGGAAUACCGGAACAGCAGCUACGUCCCGGAGGUGAUUGAAACCGCAUUAGGCCGCCAGGUUGUGGCGCCAGCUACCCCCUACGUGGCUGCCGCCGGCCCCAACGCCCUAUACUUCGACACGCGAUUCGACCCGGGGACGGCCCAGCACAUCAAGCUCCAAAUUGAAAAGGCCUCCGUGCCGCAACUCGACGAGUGCAUCGCGAUUGACGAGAUCAAGGCCACGGCGGAAGUGAAGAACCGGGUGACGGGCGAAACGACCUUCGUGUUCGACCCCUGCUAUGCGCGGGUGCUCUUUGCCAGAGGCAUGAACCGGCACAAUCCGGACCUCAAACUGCCGGAGCAUGAGCCGGCCGGCGACUGGUUGGUGACCUACGAUCUGGAUACGGUGGUAUCCUGA